CUACUUCCGGUUCCGUAUCCGAAAGACUACUGCGCCAUUUUGAUGAAACAGCGAGGAGGAAGAGGACGUAUCGCCGAAACGGAUUUUUGGAUUUAAACUGAACAAACGUGGAUACACGGCGUACAUUUAUCAGGAGGAACACAGCCGUCGACCUAAGAGUGAACUACGUGCCGGUUAAUUGAUGGGUUUGGCGAAAUUAUUCGAGGUCCAAGCUGGAUAACGUUGUUAGCUAGCGUUAGCGCUGCUUUUGUUGUAGGCCAAUGGUUGUUGUCAUACGGUGAGCUUAGCUAACCUCAAGGUUUUCUCUGCUAGCCUUGGCAUUAGCUUACACCGAGCGUUGCUUUUGUACGCUCGGUUGUGACCGUCAGGAUAGGGUUUACAUUGCUGAACGACGAAGCCGAAAGGUCUUUGGACUCCUCCAGAUCGCAUUCCUUUGUGUGUGUGUGGACCUUUUGUGUGGGGUCGGAUUGUCUUGAUCGAAGAAGAACUGCGCCUCAAGGCUUUUCUAAAGGACUGAUUAUCACUUUGGAAACCCCGAGGCCUGCUGCUGUCUUAGCAGUGUGAGGCAAGGCCCGGGCUUUCCCCCAGAGACAUUUUACGACGGACUUGACCUCAUUAUUAUGUUCAUGUAAUAUUAUAACCACAUACCGCAUGGACUCGCUUGGAUUGGUGGGUUCUUGUUGUGUUUUAUCGGACUGAAUGAAGAACUGGUAAGGUUCAAGACGCCACUCCAUGGCGCUCUGGCCUCACACCGAGUAUUUUCUAUGAGGAUAACAAGGACUUUUGUCGACAUCUGCGAGCUGCCCCCACUAAUUUCAGUCCAUUCUUUUGUCCCAAUUUAUGCAGUGUUUCACCGAAUAUAAAGAAGGGAUUGUUUACACAUAAAACUCACGAUUUAGCCUCUUGUGUUCAGUGUUGACGCUGUUUGCUUUGUUAUCAUAACAGACCUGUGUUUUUUUCUGUGCUAAGUUUAGUAAGUGCUUAGUCUUGUAAAAAUGUCGUGUGUUCACUAUAAAUUUUCUUCCAAACUGGACUACAACACAGUUACUUUCGAUGGGCUGCAUAUCACGCUCAGCGAGCUUAAAAGGCAGAUUAUGGCUCGGGAGCGUCUCAAGGCCACAGACUGCGACCUGCAGAUCACCAAUGCGCAGACUCGGGAAGAGUACACUGAUGAUGAAGCCCACAUCCCUAAACAUUCCUCUGUGAUAGUCCGACGCACUCCGAUUGGCGGAGUGAAACCUGCUGGCAGGACGUUCAUUGUAGAUCGUUCUGACACAGCUGUGGUGGGAUCUUCUAGACCCGUAUGUAAACACACAACACUCUCUUGUCCUCCUCUCACCUCUAUCUUUCUCCCCCUCUCUCUGGCUUAAAUCACCUUUCUCAAGAACAUUCUGUCAAUGAUGACCAAGUUGUGUGUAUCUCCUGUUCACUGUGUGUUGGCUACAUUUGUGUCGAGAUCGCAACCUCUAUAUGUCAUUUAUUGUCUUUUUGGGUGGGUUUUCUAAAGUCACCACAGUUAAAGUAGUUUGUUGUUUCUCUCCAAGGCCCCAGACUUUCUCUGUUUCAAGGACGUGUUUUACAUAAGCAGUUUGAUACCACUGUUACAAUUGUUGCUGCAUGAAAUAAGAUUGGAGAGAGAAACAACAGACUGGUUUAGCAACUAUUGAUUUUGGAUACCCUGACUUGAAUGACCAAUUGUUGAACCAUGUUAUUGCCACCUUAUGAUGGAUUGAAAAAUCACAUACACUGUUAUGACUGUAUUUCAUAAUGAAAUGGUGUUGUAGCCUGCUUCUGGUCAGGCAAAUGUAUUUGAAGGGUUUGUAAAAGGAAACUAUGUUUUACUGAUAUUUCAUUGUCAUUUUGUUUUCUGUGAAAAUACUUCUUUAUUUUGUGGUGUAAGACCCAUUGGAGUAAAGUGUGGCUGGGAUUGAUUGUAAUUAACUUUGAUUACAAGACUAAAGUUGUGUGAGUGGAAUAGACUCGCAUAGUAAUUUCUUUUGAAAGCUUACCCUGCUAAACUUGAAAUGUUCAGUAACAUUUGCCAUUGUCAAUUGUUUUGUCCUGUACAAUUUCAUUAUGAAAAUGUUCUAUUCUUCAAUGAAUAUGGACUGCACAUAACGCUUAAUCUUAAAAGCUUAUAGAUUUUACCCUGCUGAGUUAAAUGCUUUGCAUUAAUUUAGAUUCUUAAAUGUCUAUUCUGCAAAAAAAGGCUAUUAGCUUGAAGUGUUUUGUUAAAAUUAUGGUAUGGGGCAUCAAUAACAAAGGGUAGAUUUGAUAAGUGCGAUGCCAUUGUGACCUGGCCACUGAACUACGCUAUUGUGACAUGAUCACAGAGGUCUUUGACACAUAGUCAGUUAAUUUAAUAACCUGUCAAUCUCUGGAGGCUUUCCAUGGUUGCUGCAGUGAGAAGUACUGGUGUAGUGUGUCCUGUAAGCUGUAAGCUGCAGAACCUGUCAAUAAAGUUGUUCAGUGGUUCCGUGUCAGAACCACUUGCACCA